AUGAAGUUUGCUGUACCCAUGGUCUGGUGUGAGCUAACAAAUCCUAUAGGCGAUAGUGACUUUUGCUUGUGCGUGAAAAUUGGGGAAGAUGAUGCCGAAAGAGAAAAAGAAGAAGCAGUUAAGAGACCUACACUGGACAGAAUGUUCGCUUCGACAUCACAAAGAAAGGAUGAUGGUUUGCGUGCGUCUUACAAUAUCUCGUUACUUAUAGCAAAAUCCGGAAAACCGCAUACUAUCGGAGAGAAGUUAAUUUUGCCAGCCGUUGAAGAGGUUUUAAAAACUGUUUUACACAAACCUGCAUCUGAUAUCAUGAAAAGAAUUCCCUUAAGCAACAAUACUGUUGAAAGACGUAUUGAUGAAAUGAAAUUGAAAGCUUCUUAUAUUGGACCCUAUCAAGUACCAGCACCAUCAACACUUCUUCCCCUUCUUUAUCUGUCUCUCGCCCUGCCUAUCCCAGCAGUUUUCCAUUUUUUCAAGCUCCACCACUGA